UUGGGACUACAACCGGACAGAUUGGAGUACAGAAGGCUGUGUCAAAGUCACAACGUCCUUCAUGCCUCAGACUCCUCUUCUGCUUCCCUGACCUGCAAUUGUACACACACCACUAACUUUGCUGUGCUAAUGAGUUUUAGCCCAAACUACAAAUAUUCUGAAGCUUUAGACUGGAUAAGUAUAAUCGGCUGUGCUCUGUCUGUUGCGGGCUUGGUCAUCACAGUACUGUUCCAGAUCCUGACGAGAAAGUCCAGAGGAAUGGGCCCCACUCUUCUGAUGGUCAGCAUCUGCGUGAGCAUGACCAUCUUCUACCUCCUCUUCAUCUUCGGCAUUAACAACCCGGUCCAACAUAAGGCUGCAUCUGCCCCGUCACAGAUCAACUCCGUCCCACAGUCUGAUUUCCACCGGGAACCGGACCAGGGACCGUGCACCACCAUGGCUGCCCUGCUGCAGUAUUUUCUUCUGGCCACGUUCACCUGGAGCACCCUGUACGCUGCCCACAUCUUCUUCGUGAUCAAAAACGCCAUCUCGGGUCCACCACGAAACUUCAACACCAUCUCCAUCGUAGCCGGCUGGGGUUUCCCUGCUGUGAUAGUUGGCAUCUCAUUAGGAGCCACAUACCGACCAGAUAAACCCUUAAACUACCGACAGGAGGAGUUUUGUUGGCUGGCUGCAUUGACUGCCAACAAGGAGUUUGAUGUACGGAAGCCCAUGUUCUGGGGUUUUCUUCUCCCACUUGCUCUAAUGAUCUUUUUCAACAUUGCUGUACUCUUUUACUUUGCACUCACCACCUGCAGGACUAACCAAUCACUCAACAGCUCGCAAGUGACCCCUUUACGGAAGAAGAUGCUGAGCAGUGUGUCCUUGGCUGUGGUGCUGGGGAUUUCCUGGAUCAUCGGCUACUUCAUGCUCCUCUCUGUUGACCCAAUCCAACAUAAUAUUCUCACCUAUGCCUUCUGUCUGUGCAACACCACACAGGGUGUUCAGAUCUUUGUUUUAUUCACCUUAAGAACAAAAAUCUUUAAGGAGAAGUUUUCCAUCUUCAGGAAGUCCAUUCCGUCCCCUGAGGUGUCCGUUCACAGGAUGAGCUACCACCUAUGGCCAGUGAAGGAGAAAGAUCUCCCAGAAAGCUACAAGUCUACAGACUUUGAUCAGCAAGUACCAAACCACACGUACGACUAAACAGAAAACCCAAUGUAAAAUGUUUGUUUAGCUACUCGAAAAACAAAUGUGACAUGAACUUCACAGGGUUUGCAGUCAAAUGACAUGUUUUUGCUGAGCUUAACAUAUAAACAAAGUAUACGAUGUGCUGCAACUUUUGCACAGGCCACAUUUUAGGUUUUAUUUUUUCCGCAAAUGGUCAGGUAAUGUUCAGAAAAUCAAAAGCAUGCAAUUUGACCAGGGGUGCUUUUACUUUUUACAGCACUGUAUGCUGAAACGUCUGUGCAACCAACUGUAAUUUUGCAGCAUAAGUUCAAUUACUAGCAGUAUUCAUAAUUUUGGCACAUUUCUAUGUACUUAGUGAAAGAACAGAAAAACCUGUUGACAGAAUAAUAGAAUAAUAGAGAUGAGGGACAGAAAAUACCUGAAUGAUUGAAAAAAGAAACAUAGUGAGUGCAGAUGCUUUCGGAUAGUGCCUAGGAGGCCCGGUUGACCAUUGAUGGCAAGAUGGCAAAAGGAAAAGAUUGAAGUGACUUUCGAAGUGACUUUUCAGAGGGUUCAUUUUGGGGCAUGCGUGGCGAGAGCUUCAGUCACAAAGACUGCUCAGCUGGCCCCCAGUGUUUCAGUAGGAACAGUCAACAAUGUGACAUUGUUCCAUUAACAUUGAAAGGAAAGAAUGUUCUCCUGGUUUUCUCCAAGCAUGGACUGGAUGGAAUAUGAAUAUGCUCACAUCAUGGACAGAUUAACAGACAAUCUCCUUAAGAACUCUCAGAUACAGAAAGGAAGGAAUUCAUGGCUCCUUCAAUAGUAGCCAGCUGUCCAAAUACCUUCCCACUACCACCACCAUGUUUCAAUGCUGGUAUGACGUGCCUACUGUGAAAUAGAUAACUUGCGUUAUGGCAAAUAUAAAGGAACCUUGGUGUCUAAGAAUUUAGAAGUUGUCCCAGGUGCUUUUUGGCAAAUGUGAGACAAGCAAUAACGCUGGUUGGUGGCUGCUAUUCCCUUUUUUUUUUUACUGUGGAGUCAUGAAUAUCUGAGCUAAAGCUAGAGAGACCAGUAGUUCCUGUGAUGUUGUGGAGGAUUACACACACUUUGGUGACUUCCUUGAUGAUUUGUUUUUGUGCCCUUGGUGAAAUUUUGGCAGGCUGGGAACACCUUGGUAGAUUCAGCAACAUUCCAAGGGUUCUCAAUUUGUGGUUCAGUGAUAUCCCAGAGAGCUAGAAAUGAUUUUGUAACCCUUUCCAGACUGAUACUUUUCUACAGCAUGUUUUUCCUUUUCUUUCGAUCUUAGCCAAGUGCCUUUACUGCUUGUAAAAAAUCUGAAAGUAAACCUCAAUAUGAAAGAGGUUUGCUGCAUUCAAGCAAGGCUGUGUUCAAACAACUGAAUCUCAUUAUCAAUUAAAUUUGGUUAGCACCAUAAUGAUUAGCACAAUAAUAAUGCAAGCCAGGAUCAUUCUGGUCGCUGAUAUCAUGAUAAGAAAUUUUCAUAUCGUCCCAUCCCUAAAGCAGACCCCUCUGAUCUGCCUACCACUGCUGAAUAUCCUUUGUGAUGGUCAGCCCAGUUCAGGACUCUCUGCCAAAGUGGACUUUCAACGUAUUGCAGCUGGUGGCUCAGGAAUAGACAGAAAUGGAACAAAAAUAUGAACUGGCCAGCAGAAGAACUACACCCCACUGCUCGGGACAGUGUUGCUGGUCUACCAGGUCUUGCGGGUGGUUGUUAGGGGUCACAUUUUCUCAUUCUAUCUUUUGUCAUUUUUUGAACUCCUGUUUUUUUUGUUUGUUUUUUUCUUUGUCUUUUCACUUAUUUUACAAGUGGAUUAUCUUAUAUCCAAGCUGUAACACUUUAUUUUAAGGAACACAUGUUGGUGGCUUAUUACGGUCUAAUUAUUUUUUCAAUAAAGCUUGAAUUAGACUCUUCUAAAUGAUUUUUUCACUAUGUAUUAAACUU